AUGGAAGUAACAUUCAAAUUUUGCAACGAGGUUCUGACAAACUAUUAUGGAAAACCUGAGGAUCUGUACCCACUUUAUAUUAUUAUGUGUGUUCUUAAUGGCCUUCUCUCUCUAACCGCGGUUUUGGGCAACGUGACUAUAAUUUCCGCGCUGAGGAAAACUUCAUCAAUUCCUCCGUCGACGAGAAUUCUGUUGCAGUGUUUAGCACUAACAGAUCUGGGCACUGGUGUGUUAGGCCAUCCGCUUUACAUCGCAGUCAUAUCAGGAAUUCGCAAAGAGUAUAGCUGCGAGAAAAUCCAUGAUAUCACAUCGAUGUUUUUCCUGAUAGAAGUUUCCUUAAUUGCCGCAUCGUUUAUGACACUGACGUUCAUCGGAGUGGACCGUUUCCUUGCAAUUUACUUACAUCUUAGAUACAAUGAACAAGUGACUCCAAAGCGAGUGGUUACUGUAAUAAUUGUAUCGUGGAGUUUCUGCUUAGCUUCCACUUUUCUGUGCUUUUUUGGAUUCUUCAAAGCCGGAGAGGUAAUUAUGCUUGUUCUUGGCUACUGUUCCACUCUGUUACUAAGCAUCAUAUACAUUAAACUUUUCUCCGUGGCACGCCAACACGCAGCGAGCAUAAACAGUCAAGCUCAAGUCGCAAUACAUCUGUCAAGUUCUACAAACAAUUACAUGGCUCGAAACAAGGCCUUAGCCAUCAAAACGUUUUACGUAUUUGUUGUAUUCCUAUUCUGUUACUGUCCGUAUUUAAUCGCCUUUACAGUGUUGGUAGCGAGUUCUCGGCCAAGCGCCGCGGAACACGGAGCCGUACAACUUACAACUGUGUUACUUAUGCUCAAUUCAUCACUGAACCCUGUUGUGUUUGGGUGGAAAGUGAAAGAGGUUCGUCAAAUCGUCAAAAGUGAUUUCAAAAAG